AUGCGCAAUGAUACAUUUCCCCUGUGUAGUUCCUCCUAAAAGCAGCAGAUAGUCAGCAGACAGCCCGUCUCUGAGGUACGCCAAUGAUUCGCUUUUGGAGAGAAGUCGCUCUUGAUACCAACGUGAGUGGGACAAAUCCACACCAACAAAAUGGAGUACAACUAUGAUAACCACAUAGAACUGCUCUUAGCGCAUAUGAAUAUUGAGGACAUCAUCAACGCUGCAGAGACACUCUUUCAUCUUGAGGAAGAAGAAGAACGGGAAGGGAGCUUGUCAUCCGAAGGGGAAAGUCCGUCCCCUGUUGCAAUGGAUGGGAAUGAAGACAUUGGAAAGUUUGGGACUCAGCAGGAGGGCUACACUAAUGAGGCUGGAAGUGUCCAGCACGGGACAGUAACAGACCUCCUCUCCUUUGUCAAUCUGAUCUCCAACAUGCAAGCAACGGCCUUGCAGCACCUGCCUGAGGAGAUGGGAGUCCUGCUAAACAAAAAAGAUAUGGUUGUAAAGAAUGGCCGCUAUAAGAUCAACAAGGAUGUGCUCCUGUUUCCCUGGCAACUGACCUACAAGAAUCGUGGCUCUGACCUCGUACCCAAGGGCUCCUUUGGAAAAGUUCACUUAGCCCAGGACAUCACAUCCCGGAAGAGAAUGGCUUGUAAACUGAUUCCCAUGGAGAAUUUUAGAGGGGCCGAAGUAGAGUUCCAGGCUCGCUUCUCCCACGAGAACAUCGCCAAACUCUAUGGGGUUUUGCUGUGGGAACAGAAUGUACAUCUCUUCAUGGAGGCGGGCGAGGGCGGCUCGGUCCUGGAGAAGAUAGACAGCUGCGGGCCAAUGAGGGAGUUUGAGAUUAUCUGGGUGACCAAGCAUAUUCUUCGGGCCCUGGAGUACCUGCACUCACACAACGUCAUCCAUCACGACAUCAAACCUAGUAACAUUGUCCUGAUGUCAGACAAGGCUGUCCUGGUGGACUUUGGGCUGACCGUGCAAAUGACAGAAGACCUCUUUAUUCCAAGAGACCUGAGAGGAACAGAGAUGUACAUGAGUCCAGAGCUGGUUUUGUGUCGUGGACAUGAUACCAAAACAGAUAUCUACAGCCUGGGUACCACCAUCAUUCACAUGCAGACUGGAAACCCACCCUGGGUGAGAAGAUAUCCACGCACUGCCUACCCAUCCUACCUUUAUAUAAUCCACAAGCAAGCGCCCCCCCUGGAGGACAUAGCAGAAAAAUGCAGCCUUGCCAUGCGGUCUUUUCUGGAACGAGCUCUCGAGAAGAACCCCACACUUAGGAGCUCAGCAUCGGACCUGCUGAAGGAUGAGGCCAUCAACCCGCCCAAGGAGGACCAGCCCAGGUGCUGGAGUCUCGACUCAGCUCUGGAGGAGGCUAACCACGCCAUGCUGCACCAGCAGAACCAGCAAGAUGACCCUGCACAAGACUCUUCACUGUAUGCUGAAGUCUCUAGCCCCCUGAAGAGAAAUGGCUCCUUAUACCUCGGCCUGGGAGCCUUGACUGGCCACUGCCCGCUGGUGACAGGGCCCCCAGCUUCAGAAUAUGGCUAACAUUUCCAACAUUUUUGUGGUUGACCUUUGGUUUGGGCCAGCUAAUAAUAUCCAAUAAAUGUUCUUUAAUUGUCCGGCUUCACUGUUGCAGACCACUAGUUUUUGUAGAGCAAAGGACUGCUACAGGCGAAACCGCUUACUGAUGACAAGACUCACAAUGACUAAUUAGUGAAUCCUUCAAGAUGGAGUUGGCCUAUGUGACUCACAGCACUGCAGGACAGUAGUUCGAUGAGGCACAUUUAUAUCUUAUGUGCGUGAAUUGUUGCUAUCAUUUAGUAAGUUUGAAUUUCAAAGGCUUUCAUAGUAGUGCGUCAUAUCUUUAUAUGUUUAUGCCUGAUUGUCUGUAUUUUCUUCUAGUAUGUGUGCACUCUCGAAUCAUGACACAUUUAGUUCUUCAUGGACUUCCUCAUUUUAAUUCCUGUGGAAUAUUAAUAGCAUCAUCAUGUGAUACCCAACUUGUGCAUUGUACAUCCUGUCAGAUGAGCAAUUCUUUGCUUUUCAUUAAACUCAAGU